CAAUAAUAAUAAUAGCAGAAAGGUGCAUUGUGUAAUUCUAUCUUUACCAGCUCAAGGUCAUAUCAACCCCAUGAUUCAAUUCUCCAAACUCUUGGAACACCAAGGAAUCAAAGUCACCUUUGUUUCAACCGUUUAUUACUGCAAGAACUUGCAUCAAGUGCCUCCAACAAUUUCACUUGAGACCAUUUCUGAUGGCUUUGACCACACUGGCCCUUCAGGUGCUAAGAACUACGGGGCUUAUAUGGAUCACUUUUGGAGAGUUGGGCCAGAGAAUCUAGCAAAUCUUGUAGAGAAUCUUGGUCGGAAAGGGGAUCCAGUUGAUUGCAUAGUGUAUGAUGCAUUCUUCCCAUGGGCACUAGAAACUGCCAAGAGAUUUGGGAUUGUUGGUGCUGCUUUUCUCACUCAAAACAUGGCGGUUAACACAACAUACUAUCAUUUCCAUUUGGGGAAGAUUCAAGUUCCAUUCAUGGAGGAAGAGUUUUCUUUCCCAGGGUUGCCGAAACUUGAUGUUGCUGACAUGCCUUCUUUCUUCUUCACUUAUCAGGAAAAGCCGUUUCUGCUUGAUUUGUUGGUGGGUCAGUUCUCCAACAUUCACAAAGCUGAUUGGAUUCUUUGCAAUACAUUCUAUGACCUUGGUAAAGAGGUAAAUGAUUGGACAAGGAAAUUGUGGCCGAAAUAUAGGACUAUAGGACCAAACAUACCAUCAAUGUUCUUAAACAAGCAAUACGAAAACGACCAAGAUUACGGUGCUGCUGCAUUCGAGAGCGAAGAUUGCAUGGAAUGGCUAGACAAUAAACCAAAAGGUUCUGUUGUUUAUGUAUCAUUUGGGAGUUUGGUUAUGGUUGGAGAGGAUCAAAUAGAAGAAGUAGCCUAUGCUUUAAGGGAAAGUAAUGCCUACUUCUUAUGGGUGGUAAGGGCCUCUGAGCAAAUUAAGCUUCCCAAAGACUUUGAAAAUAAAUCUGACAAGGGCUUAGUUGUAACUUGGUGCCCCCAACUAAAAGUCUUAGCUCAUGAAGCUAUUGCUUGUUUUGUGACACAUUGUGGUUGGAACUCUACAUUAGAAGCUUUGUGUUUAGGUGUUCCAAUUGUUGCAAUGCCACAAUGGUCAGAUCAAAACACAAAUGCUAAGCUUAUUGUAGAUCUUUGGAAGAUGGGAAUUAGAGCUCCUAUGGAUGAGAACAAGAUUGUGAGACAAGAAGCACUAAGACUUUGUAUAAGGGAAAUAAUUGAGAGUGAACAAGGGAAAGUGAUCAAGAAUAAUAUGAUUCAAUGGAGGAAUUUGGCUAUAAGAGCAAUUAGUGAAGGUGGAACUUCUCAUGAAAGCAUCAAAGAAUUUGUGAAUAGUUUACUUUGCCUAAAUGCUACAUGUCCUAAAGUAUGAAUUACAUUGUGAUUUGAACAAAAAACAAUGAACUUUGCAUUCACUAUCCUUUAAAAUGUACAAUUGCCUGUUAAAAGUUGUGUAGACUUUGCCAUUUUACCGAUUUGAGUUCCAAAUGGUGGAAGAAAUAAUGGUGCAAAUAAAUCCAUCAGCAACAACUAAACGCAUCUAUUCGAAAAUGAUCUCUAUAGAGAUCAAUGGUAGCCCCCUCUGCAAAACCAUUAGUGUUACUUU